AUGGCAUUACUCACCUGGGCUGUACUGCUCCUAGCAGGUUUGACCUACACCCAUGCUAUUGGGGCACCAACAUUACAAGAACAGUCACGCAGCAUUGCCCAGAUUCAAUUCAAGCUCGUUUCUGCCUGGAGGCAACAAUGUGUCGGUUCCAUCAUCAAUAACUAUUACGUCGUGACCACUGCCAACUGUCUCCAAGCUCCCUCCAACAACCGUCGUCUUGCAGUAGGAAAUGCCAUCACAGGUACCAUCCAUGAGGUGGCUAUUAUUUAUAUUCACGACAGAUUCUCGCCCUCCAGUAGAACUGCAAACAUAGGUCUUGUCCGAGCUGGCACCAGCUGGUCAAUCAAUACACCCGAUAUUGGCACCAUUCCUCUUGUGCCCCAGAACUACUACGUUCCUCUAUACCAUGAUUUGUCUGUUUCUGGAUGGGGUGUUACAGCUCAAGGAGGCAUCAUUGCCAACCAAUACCUCUACACAGUUGUCUUACAAAAAAAGCCCAUAACGAGUUGUUUGGAUCAUCACCAAGGCCUCGUCAAUGCCGAGAACAUAUGUCUUGGUCUUGUUGGUAGGAACGGCCGUGACUUCGACCCCAGUGACACUGGUGCGCCCGUCGCCUACGUUUUAGACGGCAGGAGCUACCUUUAUGGAGUUCUCUCCUUCGGUUCUUCCGCUAGAAACAAUGAGAUACCUAUUGUUGCCGAAUCAAUAGGCGCUUACUCUAACUGGAUCCGAGACACAGCCGUGUAA